AGGCUGCCGUAUUUCUCUCUCCGCGGCGGUCGAUGGGCCGACCGGCCCCGGGAGUAUGAUGAAGCUAUAAGGCAGGGAUUUGCCGGCCGCGUUUGGGAGAUGAUGAGAUUUAACUCAGUGGCCGUAUUUCGCCCUAUAGGCUGCCAGUUGUAAUACGGAGGAAUGCCCGUCUUGCCGCCUGGCUGGGAGGCAUGCAAAAUUCAUGGACACCAUACCGACACGGAAACGCCUCCGGCUCAGCAAGGUGAGCCUUUUGUUCCGAUUCGUGUUCGGACGGGUUGCCAAGGGCAACCAGAAGCUAGGAAUUUUCUAGUAUUGUGCCGGGUUUAAUGCGUAUCGCUCAACGCCCGAAAUACCUCUGGCUCAACCCAAGGAAAUAUUCUGCAUCAUCAAUUUCAAGUCAGAGCCACGCAUUCUCAAGGGGGUCGUCAGGACGCCGACGGCGUGUUUAUGGACUUAGAAUGUGUGGCCGGCGUUGUGACGGAGCCCUUCCCCUCCCCCUGGUGAAGUGGAACGUUCCUUUGCGUGCGACGUGACGCAAGAUGUACCGUUUCUUUCUGCUCCACUCCAGGACUGGGCCGGACGCUUUUUCACUGGACUCCCGCUUGACUCUGUCCUGAACUACGUCUGGCUUUCAGGAAAUUCCAAAAGUCUAUCGACUCGCCAUUUCUGUUGGGUUCUUCUCGUAUUUCUUGCCGACCAUACGGACGUGUCUUAAGACCAAUUCUUGGAACAAGUCGUACCGGAGUAAGGAGGUGGUAGCGUCUUGCCAAGACUGUGCAGGACUACUUGAAAGUGUUAACUCGACUACUUCUUAAAGGGCGUGUCGAAGACAUUACGCUUUUGACAGUUGACACAACAAGUACUUGUAAUGGAUGGGAAGGUGUCAGAGAGGACCAACAUGGCUCGUUUGUCUGGCAAAUAUGAUUUAGCGUUCUUAUAUCCGCUCGGAAAUUACAAUGCCAACCUUCCAUAAUUCUUCACUUACAAGAUAAAUUCUAACACCGGAGCUGUGAGCGGACACAGUUAUAAUUCAAGACUACGUGAGUGAAGUUGAAGUUUUGGUCGGGAUAUUUUCCUGCUGUUGACGGAAACAAUCCGCUAUCUGUGAUCAGCGCGCCCACCCAGUUCGCUGCGCUGAGUGAAGGGGACCAAGCGGUAUAAUUUCUCCUUCUCCCGAAGCGAGACGGCUUCUUUUCUUAUAGUUUCUCCCCACAGUUGGGCUGAUUGAACGAGGGGCACCCGGCGUCGCGAAUCGGUUGUCCUGGACUCAGCGGGCGCUCCUAGUUAUCGUGAGGAGCCUAACGGUACGCUACAGCGCGGUUAUUUCUGGGAGAGACGUCGACGUCAGCGCGUGUUGUGUGCAGAGAACGUACGUGUGGUGAGGAGAUAUUCCACAUGAUGUUGUCGGUGCGAUUCAACAUGGAGAACCUAAGGGCGGUUGCUACUCUGUGUGUCGUGCUCCUGCUGUCUGUAGGUGCUUUUGGACAGACCACGGUGUCGAACAGUGCGAUUGGCCUGAAGGUGUCCCAGACAGUGGACGCCGUGGCAGGGCAGCCUGUCACACUGAAGGCAACCUACAAGAGCACCCGAUCUAUUGUCUCUCUCAUAUGGAGUAAGGUUGAGGGAGAUGUGGGCGGGAGACGUGCCCCAGUCUUCGUGCAUUACCCCGGCUCGGAGUACUCGUACGGAGACCUGACGGGCCGAGCCGAGAGGACCAACGGCGUGUCACUCAGAAUAUCCCCGGUCAAACCCGGUGACGAGGGCUACUACGUCGUUCAGGUGUUACUGGACGCCGUAGGGCAGGAGGAGAAGGAAGUUUACCUCAACGUUUUAGAGCCCCCGAAAGUGUUUGUCGGCCCCGGCAGCCCGUAUGUUGUCCGGUGGGGGAAGAACAUCACCCUGUCCUGCAGAGUCAAGGCCAAACCAGAGAUCACCAACCUGUACUGGGAGAAGGACGGCCUUCCUGUCCGGUCUUUCCCACGGAGCAAAAAGUACAGAGGAGGGAACAUGCGGAACCCGAACCUGCACGUCAUCAACGUCGGCAAGACGGACGCCGGCAAGUACGGCUGCGUCAUAGAUCACGUGGUCGAAAGUACCAGAGCCACCCUUGACCUGGAAGUGCUCUACCCCGCCAGUAUCACCAGCCUGACGGAGUCCGUGUCCGUAGCGCUGACCGACACCAUCACACUCCAGUGCUUCGCAGACGGCAACCCCGAACCGAACAUCACAUGGACCAAGGAAGGAGCGCCGGUAGAGCGCAUGCGUGAAAUCCAGACUUUUAGUAAGGGACUUCGCGCAAGCGCCCUCGUGCUCAACUACGCGGAGAGGAACGACAGCGGGAAGUACAUCUGUACGGCCAGUAACGGGCUGGGCAAACCGGACGUACGGACACUCACACUUAAUGUGGAAGGAGAGCGUGCUUUGAACAGCUACACGCAGAUAGCGAUCUUUGCCGGAGCUGCAGCCGGCGGUGCGUGGCUCAUCGUCUGUAUCAUCCUCGUCAUAGUCUACGUCAGAAGACGGAACCAACAGAGACUGAGGGACGACUUUGCCUACUACUACGCCGUCGGACGCCGCCAUUUUGAAUACCUGACGAAGAAGGAGCUGCCGCCGAUUCCACCACACGCGGCUGCCGCCCAACAAGCCAAGAAGAUGCCUAAAAACGCAGUGGGCAGGUUAGCCCGAGUGGUGCACAAGUACGCGCCCCAGGCGGAGGACGAGCUGAUGCUGGAGGUGGAUGACGUGCUGGAGAUCGUGAAGACGGACGAGGGCGGCUGGUGGGUCGGCUACCUGAAGGGCAAACUGGGCCUGUUCCCCUUCAACUACGUGGACUUGCUGCCCGAGAAAGCCACCAUGGGAAACGGUAAGGCCAAGUCCCCCCUGAGAGCGGACCUGACUGACUCGGAGUACCAGGCACUGGACCCGCCCGUGAAACAGGGCCCGCCCGGCUCAGAGAGGGUAAGGGACAGCAUAUCACUGCCGGAGCCUCUGACGGGCGACUCCUUCAGCAAGGCCACCACGCUGGUCGCCGAGAAAAAGGAGAAAGACAACCCGAACCUUGUUGCAUGUAGUGGGAACAGAUGAAAGGAGCAAGAGUUAUGAGUGAAGAGAAAUUGUACAGAAACUACUUAUGGAUACAUACGCCAGGAAUAUAUGGUGUUUGCACGUGACGCCAGAGCAGCCAUGUUGGUUGGCUAAACCUGGCAUUGACCGAUCCUGACUGUCCAUCAUGAUUAGAAUCUCAACCAAUGUCCAUUAGCGGUCCGUUUCGACCAAUGAAAGAGCAUUUUUAGGUUCAUUCUUUAUUCCUACGUUUUAACGAAGGUGGGCGUGGGUAUGGAUGGGGCUAUUAGAGAAUUGUGUGUAAGGGGCGGCAAUCACGUAGGCAAAAUCAAAUUUGCUUGUCAGCUUCCAGGUUUAACCAAUCAGCAUGGCGGACAAUGAUUACGUCAGAGUCACAUGAGUGCAAACACCCUGUAGAGGAUGUUGUGGAUUUCGUGACGUUUUGUAUUUCCUGUCCGACAACUAUGUGGGUUCACUGUGCAGUGGAACCGUGUCGAGUAGCCUGCAGUAAUGCCGUGAACCGCAAGAGGGUGUACAUAAGAUUGCGGUGGAUGUCUGCAGAUGUUGUACAAAGCUAUUGUGGUGGACAAAAGUCCAUGUCUAAGUGUAAAACGGUUAGUAGACUUCAAAGAAUCUAAGGCUUCCAAGUCUUUAUAAUGCCGUUCUCAAAAGAACACGAGUUGCUAUGUUCCGUGUCGUUGAGAAAAUGUGAUAUUUGGUAAGCAUGGCGGCAAAUGGACCCGCUGCAAAUACAGAGAGCGUCAGAGAGCUGACAUGCACCUGACAUGGCAACAGCAACUAUUUAUGGUGAACCUUUCUCAAUCAAUUUCGGAAAAGCGCCAUCUGACGGUACUAUUGUGUAAAUGCACAUGCCGUCUUCGAUGGUGAAUCCGAGGUUGGAUGUUACUGAAGUAAAUGAUAGCUCAAACGUGCCUGUGUAUUGUAGACCCUGUACAUAUAUAGAUAUAGGCGUAUAUGAUGUGUUGGAGCUGUGAUUUUCUUGUACUCAGUGGAUAUGGGGUAUAUUGUACGGCUCGAACCACACCAACCGAUAGCACAUACAUAACCUUGUGAUGUCUAGCAAGAUAUCGACACUAAUUCCCCAUAGACGUUGCUGUAGAAGCGAAAAAAAAAUGUACAAAUUUGGGGGAAUGUACGAUCAACUGUAAAGUCCGACGGUCUUUACCAAACUUCUUUUGUGGCUGAAAGUUUUAGAAACUGACCAAACAGGGUGCAUGAAUAAAUAACUAAAAAUAGCUAUAACUAUUCUGCUAAGUCUCUUGGCUCAAAAUCAUUCGCUCCAUUUGGUCAAUCUCUACUAUUUGUUUCAUUGUCGAAAGAAGUCUGACGAAGACUAUAUAACGUCUAGCAGUGAAUUCUGUGUAGUGGAUGUAGUCAUUAGACUAGUUAGAUUGGUAAUUUUGUACUAUCCGUUUGUUUUAUCUCUGACAUGUCAAUGAUGUUGCGUUUCUCUGGAAAAAACGGACCAAAGUUUAUUAGAUUUCAGGGUGUCGUUUUGUAAUUUUCUAUUGGUUUGCACUUGUCUUUGGAAGUCUUUAUGGAUGUAACGAUUUGGGUAGAACAUGGUGAUACUUUGUAAAGAAACAUUGUAACUG